AUGACCAUUGGGGAGCAAAAGGCACUUCUCGAUAGGCCAGAACAAGAUGAGGAGGCCCUGGAGGUGCCCAAGGGGCUUGCGAUUGGGAAGCUGGCAAUGGCAGCUCUCUUGCUGGCUUGUUUCUUAGCAAAUGCGGAUGAAACGUUUGUUCUGAGCACAGGCAGUGAUGUCGCCUCAGCUCUCAACGCAUCAGGUCUUGCUUCGUGGCUCAUCACUUCAUACAAUCUUGGCUAUACAGUUGGCCUUCCAGUGUAUGGUCAAAUAUGUGAUUCAACGGGACCGAAAAGGGCCAUCCUCCUCGCUUUGAGCUUGUAUGCAGCUGGCUGCAUAUUGACCGGGUGUUCUAGCACAAUCGAGUAUGCCAUCGCUGGCCGUGUUAUCACAGGAUUUGGAGGUUCGGGAAUGAAUGAGCUCGUGUCUGUGCUCUUGAACAAUAUUGAUAAUUUCCACCGAGUUGCCAUGCUACGGUCUUAUGUUACGACGGUCUCGCUGGUUGGAAUAACCUGUGGUGCUCCUUUCGGCGCACUUCUUACAAGUCAGAUUGGGUGGCAACUGGCUUUCAUAAUUCACGUCCCAUUCGCGGUAUUAUGUGUCGCCAUAAUCUGGCUCAAACUUCACGAUGACAAGCCCCGGUCGCCUAUCGCUACAGACACCACAUAUGGAGCUAUUGAGGAACCUAUCGACGAAAGCAAAAUCGAAGUUGCUGGGUCAAAGUCCAAGCCAUUCGAUAUCGUAGGCCUUGUCUUCCUGAUAUCAGCUAUCGUUUCUCUGCUUUGCUUUGUUCAACUGGCUGAGGCACAGGAGAUGGAAAACAAGUCAAGUAUCCUGGCUGUUCUUGGAGCCAGCUUCUUGAUAUGCUCUGCGGUCUUUUGUGUCAACGAAGCCUAUUGGACUCAAACCCCCUUGCUUCCUCUCUCCUUGCUUAGCUUGGAUAAGCUGGGAUUGAGCUAUGCAGCACAAUUGUUUAUUGGUCUGGCGAGUUAUGCUAUGACACCGAUGUUUUCAGACUACUGGGUCAACACUCGAGGAAUCUCAGCCUCAGAGGGAGCUCUGUGUUGGGGACCAGUCACUCUUGGGUUUGCGAUCAGCGCACUCGUCACUGGUAAGCUAAUACAGAGGACCCGCAAAUAUCUUCGAUGGUCAAUCAUUGGCCUCACAAUCGCCAUUUUGAGCUUCCUCCUCAUCCUGAUCCGAUGGACCAUAUAUCAGCCGCAGAUGUGGGAAAUCUCUUAUGGAUUCUUCGCAUGGGUCGGCAUGGGAAUGACUCUGUCUUCUCAAUUUGUGGCCCUAUCCGCGUCAAAGCCAGAACAAAAUGCAGCCGCUUCCGUCACUACAUAUUACCUUGUACAACAGAUCGGCUUCAUGAUGGGGAUAACUCUCUCGAAGGCACUGCUUUCGAGGGAGAUUGAACGCCGUCUUAUGUUUGCCCUCAGGAAUGAAGUCGAAAGAAACCAGUUAAUCAAACAAAUAAUGAGCCACCGACGGUCAAUGAAUUCGGUACCUCCGGCACUUAAAGAAACCGUCCGGUUGAUAUUCCAACAGAGCUAUUACAUACAGCCAGCUGUUGGGAUAGGAUCCCUACUAAUCGCUCUUUUUAUCGUCCUCAAACAAAGAGAAGUAAAGUCUCCUUAA